CUCCUAAAAACAUAAAAUCGUAUUGAAGAUCGGAGUCCAAAGAAAGGCCUGAUACCCGAAACCAGGAAAGCAGGACUGGGAAGGCAGCGCAAAGACAGUGUACGCAACAGUUACCAUAUCUAUAUAUUGAGGCAAUAAGAAUCAAACAGUGUUAACAAUGGCGCCCAAGGCCAAGGCUGCAGCUGGGCCUGCCUUGGCAGGAAGCAUCCCCGAAGGCGCUGGCCGCACGCUGGCAACAAUUGUCACCUUUUCUUUGCUCAUGGUUACGUGUCCUCUGGCCCUUUACUUCAGCUCUUUCUAUGGCUAUUUUGACGGACUCUACUCCCUGACGAUUGGCAUUCCGCCCCCCGAGCAGCGCACGGUAGCAAGCGCUAUCCUAGCAGUUGUGGGAGUGAACCUGGUUGUGGGCGGCUUCAUCUUCGUGGCAUUCCGGGAGGUCAACGACGACGGCGCAAAGGUCAAAGCAAGCGCCAAGAAGAACGAUUAAAGGGCGCAACGCAAGCGACGUACGGAACCGCCGCAAUGCAUCAACGGCUUCAUAGGCAUUUGCCGUGCAGGAAGCAGCAGCCUUAAUCCACUCGACGCUUCCGCAGCCACACACCCACCCCAUGGGAAUUGUUUGAUUGCAUGCGAUGGUUCCGGCGGACGGGGUUCAAAGGGGCUUGCAUACAGGGCAGCUAGGGGCCACAGCAGCCGCUGUUUGGAAACCGCGUUAACACUUCUUAUCGACGACAGGUGCUGCGAUUGUUGGGGCUCGGUACAUGAGGGUGGUGGACGGUAUGACUGACUGGCUGGUCAUCAGUUGCUGAGGGAAGGGUGUCUCAGGCGUCCGUGUAGGACAUUGUUUCAAGGGUAGGCAUUGCACAAGGCAGUACAUGCAUGUGAAGAAUGGAAUGGGGGGUGGGAGUUGAAAAAGUUGGAAGAAAGGAAGAGUUGCAGGAAGAAUGCUUAGAGGACAGGUUUCUAGAUCCUCGUAGGUAUGAACUUGGGAGGAGCUUUAAACUGAAGGAUACACUGGUGCGGUUUCAUGGCGAGGCGGUUUUUGGAGUUCUUCCAGGAAGUUGGGUGCCGUUUCCUGAGCAGGCAAUGACCCUUGGGUCGUGAAAAAGAAUAUGGCUUAGCGCUAGCCUAGGAGUCCUGACUAGGAGUUGCACAUCGAGUGCAUUGCCUCUUGCGCAUUGUGUCCUUAUAUAUGCGGUUGAGGACGUGGCGUGGCGUCUCCACAGCAUUCACAUCGGCCCUCAUUGCCACGGCAUGCACCUCAGAUAAGGGGGGGCACGCAGCGGCUGCAUGGAUUGUAGCUCUGCCUGCAAGCAACACGCACUUGUAUCGUGUUUGGGGUAUACAUCGAUUGAAUGGCAGGUAUGGUGUUGCCUCAUUUGUGGCCGGGCGGCUGCGGCACUCGCAUGAAGGUAGCAACACCCCCUUUUUGUAAGCCAGCCGGACGAUG